AUGGCAACUGCCUUUCCAAUUGGUGAGUCACUUCAGGUUGACCUUCACUAUGAAAAGAACAACCAAAUCCACAAUUCUUUGGAGAUGAGCAACAGACAACUCAUUGUCAGACGGGGACAACCCUUCCAAAUCACCAUACGCUUCGAGAAAAGUAGAUUCGACCCAAGCAAGAGUGAAUAUGUUCUCAUUGCAGAGACAGGAACAACGCCUUCAGCAAAACUUGGAACCAGAAUUACCUUCUCUCCAUCAAGAACCAUUGAUAGGAAAAGUUGGAGUGCUGUUGUUGUCUCAGUAACCCAAACUGAAUUGUCCUUGUCCAUCUCCCCAAGUCCAAAUUCUAUAAUUGGUCGCUACACUUUAUUUCUCCAAGAUUCUAGGAGGUAUCAACUUGCGGAAUUUGUUCUCCUUUUCAACCCUUGGUGUUCAGAUGAUUGUGUCCACCUGGAGGACGAUGACCUGUGCGAAGAGUAUGUGAUGAAUGAGAAUGGAUUGAUUUAUUAUGGUGACCAGUAUUGGAUAAGGGACAUGCCAUGGAACUUUGGACAGUUUGAUGAAGGUAUUUUGGACAUUUGCUUCAAACUGUUGGAUAACAGUUUGAAGUAUAAGAGAAAUCCAUUGAAAGAUCAAAGUCAAAGAAAUGACCCCGUCUACAUCAGUAGAGUGGUAUCCUCUAUGGUGAACAGUAACGAUGAAAAUGGAGUGGUUCAAGGAAGAUGGGAUGGUAAUUAUUCUUCUGGAGUAUCCCCAACAAGAUGGAAUGGAAGCAUUAAAAUUCUUCGCCAGUGGAUUCAAUCUGGUUUCAGGCCAGUUCGUUACGGACAGUGCUGGGUGUUUGCUGCAGUGGCCUGCACAGUUCUAAGGUGUUUAGGAAUUCCUAGCCGUGUUAUCACAAACUUUAGUUCUGCACAUGACACCGAUGAGAAUAUGGGUAUUGAUGCCUACUUCGAUGAAAAUGGAACAAAACUGCCAAGUUCAACUGACUCAAUAUGGAAUUUCCAUGUCUGGGUAGAAAGCUGGAUGCUGCGAAAUGAUUUGAGAUCAGGCUUUGAUGGAUGGCAAGUUGUGGAUCCAACACCACAGGAGACAAGUGAAGGAAUUUUCUGCUGUGGACCUUCCCCAGUGAUAGGUAUUAAAAACGGACAGGUGGACUUGAAUUAUGACAGCAAAUUUAUAUAUGCUGAGGUCAAUGCAGAUAAGGUUUUUUGGAUGGUAAAGGGGGAAACCAAAACAAAACUACGAAGUAAAAGCGAUGGAAUUGGCAAAAAGAUCAGCACCAAGAAUCCCCGUGAUGAUACUCGCGAUGAUAUUACACACUUAUACAAAUAUCCUGAAGGGUCCAAUGAAGAAAGAAGAUCAUUCAGAACAGCUGUACGGAGGGCAACUCACAAAUUUGAGGAUGAGGAUGAACUCGAAUUGACUAUAAAUACGGUUCCUGCCUCCAAUGGAAGCAAUGUUAAGGUGAUGCUGGUCAUCUCCAACAAGAGCAACAGGAAAAGAGUCUGCCGCCUUCUGUUUGCUGCUCUUAAAAAGUCAUAUAGUGGAAUAACUAGCAAAGUAUUUGUAAAGAAGUUCAUCAAAGAUAAUAUCCCUGUUGAACCCAGAAAAGACGAAACAAUUGCUCUGGAAAUCACUUACGAAGAGUAUGGGGAUUUUCCUGAUCCCUUCAACGUGCUGAGUCUGGCAGCUCUUGUGAUCGAUCAGAACAAAGAUAGUGCAUUUUCAGAAAAGGAAAUAUCCUUGACCAAUCCAUCCAUCUCGCUGAGACUGCUUGACAAUCCUAUACAGAACAAACCAGUGUCUGUAGAAAUGCGCUUUGAGAACCCUUUGCCUGAGACUCUUACUGACUGUGUCUUCACACUUGAGGGAGGAGGUCUGAUUGACGAUGAGAUUCAGAUAAGGGUUGGUGUCUUAAAACAAGGUGAAUCAACAAAAGCCGUAGGGAAGUUUACUCCCAGGAAGGCAGGGAAGAGGAAGUUAAUUGUGAGUUUCGACAGCAAUAAACUGAAAGACGUGAAGAAAAGCAUUGAUUUCAAAGUCAGUCCAGCGGCGAAUUAA